GGCGCACGGCGGGCGGACAGCAUGCUGAGCCUCCUCGUCUGGAUCCUCACUCUCUCCGAUACUUUCUCCCAAGGGACCCAGACCCGCUUCAGCCAGGAGCCAGCCGACCAGACUGUGGUGGCUGGACAGCGGGCCGUGCUCCCCUGCGUGCUGCUCAACUACUCUGGGAUUGUGCAAUGGACCAAGGAUGGGCUGGCCCUGGGCAUGGGCCAGGGCCUCAAAGCCUGGCCACGGUACCGGGUGGUGGGCUCUGCGGACGCCGGGCAGUACAACCUGGAGAUCACAGAUGCCGAGCUCUCUGACGACGCCUCUUACGAGUGCCAGGCCACGGAGGCCGCCCUGCGCUCCCGACGGGCCAAACUCACUGUGCUCAUCCCCCCGGAGGACACCAGGAUUGAUGGGGGCCCCGUGAUUCUGCUGCAGGCAGGCACCCCCCACAACCUCACAUGCCGAGCCUUCAACGCCAAGCCUGCCGCCACCAUCAUCUGGUUCCGGGAUGGGACACAGCAGGAGGGUGCCGUGGCCAGCACGGAAUUACUGAAGGAUGGUAAGAGGGAGACCACCAUCAGCCAGCUGCUCAUUAACCCCACAGACCUGGACAUUGGGCGUGUCUUCACCUGCCGCAGCAUGAACGAGGCCAUCCCUAGUGGCAAGGAGACUUCUGUCGAGCUUGAUGUGCAUCACCCUCCUACAGUGACCCUGUCCAUUGAGCCACAGACGGUGCAGGAGGGUGAGCGUGUAGUCUUUACAUGCCAGGCCACGGCCAACCCCGAGAUCCUGGGCUACAGGUGGGCCAAGGGGGGUUUCUUGAUUGAAGACGCCCAUGAGAGUCGCUAUGAGACGAAUGUCGAUUAUUCUUUCUUCACGGAGCCUGUGUCUUGUGAGGUUCACAACAAAGUGGGGAGCACCAAUGUCAGCACUUUAGUAAAUGUCCACUUUGCCCCCAGGAUCGUAGUAGACCCCAAACCCACGACUACAGACAUUGGCUCUGAUGUGACCCUCACCUGUGUCUGGGUUGGGAAUCCUCCCCUCACCCUCACCUGGACCAAAAAGGACUCAAACAUGGUCCUGAGUAACAGCAACCAGCUGCUGCUGAAGUCGGUGACUCAGGCAGAUGCUGGCACUUACACGUGCCGGGCCAUUGUGCCUCGGAUUGGAGUGGCUGAGCGGGAGGUGCCACUUUACGUGAAUGGGCCCCCCAUUAUCUCCAGCGAGGCGGUGCAGUAUGCUGUUAGGGGGGACGGUGGCAAGGUGGAAUGCUUCAUCGGGAGCACACCACCCCCAGACCGCAUAGCAUGGGCAUGGAAGGAGAACUUCUUGGAGGUGGGGACCCUGGAACGCUAUACAGUGGAGAGGACCAACUCAGGCAGCGGGGUGCUGUCCACGCUCACCAUCAACAACGUCAUGGAGGCCGAUUUUCAGACCCACUACAACUGCACUGCCUGGAACAGCUUCGGGCCAGGCACGGCCAUCAUCCAGCUGGAAGAGCGAGAGGUGUUACCUGUGGGCGUCAUCGCUGGGGCCACCAUCGGCGCGGGCAUCCUGCUCAUCUUCUUCUUCAUCGCCUUGGUAUUCUUCCUCUACCGGCGCCGCAAAGGCAGUCGCAAGGACGUUACCCUGAGGAAGCUGGACAUCAAGGUGGAGACAGUGAACCGAGAGCCACUCACGAUGCAUUCUGACCGGGAGGACGACACCACCAGCGUCUCCACAGCAACCCGGGUCAUGAAGGCCAUCUACUCGUCCUUUAAGGAUGACGUGGAUCUGAAGCAGGACCUGCGCUGUGACACCAUCGACACCCGGGAGGAGUAUGAGAUGAAGGACCCCACCAAUGGCUACUACAACGUGCGUGCCCAUGAAGACCGCCCGUCUUCCAGGGCAGUGCUCUAUGCUGACUACCGUGCCCCUGGCCCUGCCCGCUUCGAUGGCCGCCCCUCAUCCCGCCUGUCCCACUCCAGUGGCUAUGCCCAGCUCAACACCUACAGCCGGGCCCCUGCCUCCGACUAUGGCCCUGAGCCCACACCCCCUGGUCCUGCUGCCCCAGCUGGCACUGACACAACCAGUCAGCUGUCCUACGAGAACUAUGAGAAGUUCAACUCCCAUCCCUUCCCUGGGGCAGCUGGGUACCCCACCUACCGACUGGGCUACCCCCAGGCCCCACCCUCCGGCCUAGAGCGGACCCCAUAUGAGGCGUAUGACCCCAUUGGCAAGUACGCCACAGCUACUCGGUUCUCCUACACCUCCCAGCACUCGGACUAUGGCCAGCGCUUCCAGCAGCGUAUGCAGACUCACGUGUAG